AUGGAGCCAUUAGAUUAUAAAAACACAGAUGAGGAUUUGGAUGAUGACGCCUCUGAAGAAUUUGAAGAGCUUGACCAAAUCUCAAGAGUUGCCCUACUGAUUGAUGAUCUUAAUAACGAAGACCCCCUCGCCCAGCAGAACUCGAUUGAGAAGUUAGGAACAAUAGUCCAGGUCUUAGGCAAACAUAGAACAGUCGAUGAACUCGUACCAAUGCUGACAGAACUUAUAGAUAGGAUUGAUAAUAAUUCUGAGUUGUUAAUGCACCUAGCUGAAGAGCUCGGAAACCUCACUGAAUUCCUCGGAAGUGAUCUCUGUAUAGAACUCUGCAAACCUUUGGAAUUGAUAUGCGCAGCAGAUGAGAAUAUGGUACGAAAUAAAGCCCAAGAAUCACUACUUAAAGUCUGUGAAUUUGUGGAAAAGCCAAAUGACCUUACUGAAUUUUUCGAGCUUGUUGAGAGACUUAGCAAAGGCGAUCUUUUCUCGAUGCGUAUCGCUUCAUGUUACCUGCUUGCUAGCACUUAUAAAAAGACCUUCAAUUCAGAAGUAAGAGACAAGUUGUUCAAAGAUCUCUCUGAAGACGAUACCCCAAUGGUGAGGAGAGCAAUCGCCAAAAAUCUUGGAAUAUUUGCUCAGGAAAUAAAAUACCCUAUAGAUAUAGUGAUAGAGAGCUUUAAGACUCUUUUGGGUGACCAGCAGGAUGCUGUUAAAAUAGAGUCAUUGAAGAACAGUUGUAUCUUAGCUCGACUUAUCAAUGAAGACCCAUCUCUUUCUCAAGAAGAGAAGGAGAAAAGAUUGGAAGAGGACAUAUUAAUAACUGUUGUUAAAGCUUCUGAAGACAAAAAGAGCUGGAGGUUGAGAUUCGCUGUCGCUGAACUCUUGGAUGAGCUCACUCAUAUUAUUGGAAAAGAUCUAGCCGAUAAGCAUAUAAAGCCUGCCAUUGAAGCUCUGAUUAGUGAUAGUGAGCCAGAAGUUAAGUCAGAGAUUCUUCUUAAAGUUAUCGAAAUUGUUGAAUUCGUAAAACCUGAUCUUAUUCUUGACAAAAUCAUUGCCUUAACUUCUGACACAAGUCAGCAUGUAAGGGAAUCUCUAGCUGAAUGAAUUUGUAAAAUUGCAACUCAUGUUGAUACAGAAAUGUAUGUUUCAAAAGCUCUUCCAGCAAUGUGUCAGUUAAUGAAAGAUACAACCACAGAGGUUAGGGUCUGAGCUUUGGAAAAUAUUGAGACUGUCACUAAGGCAAUCGGACAAGAGAAUAUUAACCUCCAUAUAAUCCCUGCAUUGCUAGAGCUCACCACUGAUAAACAGUGGAGAGUCAGAUAUGGUAUAGCUCAAUUUUUCCCGAAGCUAGCAAGCAUCUUCGGCAAGGAUCUCUAUAUUGAGAAGAUGGAGAAAAUCUCCCUUGAUUUCUUAUCAGACAAUGUAUUCAAAAUUCGAGAACAAUCAAUGAAGAAUUUAGUCGAUCUCAAGCUGACGCUUGGAGAGGAAUGGUUUGAGAGGAUCUGUAAAGAGAAAGUCAGAGAAUUUUCCAGGUCUGAUAAGUGUUCUAUCAGAAUUCUUUCGAUCUUCUUGGUCAGAAUCAUUCAAGACCAUAUUGACCCUGACAUUCUGAAUAAGGACAUCAUCCCAGUAGUUGUCGGGCUAAAGGAUGACUCAGUCCCGAAUAUAAAAUUCAAUGUUGCAAAAAUACUUGAUGAACUGAGCAGUUUGCUUAGUAGGGAAAAUAUCUUUAUUGGAAAAAGUGCCUUAAGCUCUCUAAAGGACUCUGAUUCUGAUGAGGAUGUCAAAUAUUUCGCGACUAAGGCAUUGUCUAACGAGACAUUCAGCAAUUAA